AUAUCAAAUAUUUUUCUAAGUAUUGUAAACUCGCCUUAAGUGCGAAACGAUAAGCGCAAACGAUAAGAUGCAGGCAGAUAAGGAUGAGAGCGAUCAUUAUCAAAAGAGAGAGAGAUAGGCAUUAGAUGAGCGACAGUGAGUGAGGACGGACGUAUGCAAGCGAAUAAAGUACCGUUACAAGCUGUAGACAGGAUAGACGAGGCGGCGUGAUUAAAGUGCGUGAAGCGUAAAGUAUUGUACUACAAGUGUUCGGUAGAAUGAGUGAUAACGAAAGCGAAGUUUUCGCAGCGGCCACAGAGGGACCGUUCGUGACGGAGCGGAAGAAGCCAGACCGCAAUGAGACAGCCGAGUUGAGAGCAAUGGUGGCCGAAUUACAACUAAAACUCGAGCAAGCGGUGCAACUUAACAGUGGCGGAGGAAAGAUAGAAGUAGCAGAAAGUUUAGUAGAGGCUGGCAACGAAGGGACGGAUAGAAGUGAUAGGCCGUGCCGAGGACGAAACGAUCUGUGGGGACGAGUGCCAGAUAUCAGGGAGCUGCGCGAGGUCAUUCACCCGUUUGACCCUAGGGAUACGACCUGCCCUGAUGCAGCAGCAUGGCUGAAAAACUUCGACGAGACGAGUGAAGUGUACGGAUGGAAAGAGGUAGUGAAACUACACUGCGCACGGCUGAGUCUUAGCGGAUGCGCUAAACUGUGGUGGGAAGCAAACCAGAGCAAAAUCAAAACGUGGUCCAAUUUCGAGGGUGCGCUACUGGCCGGAUUCCCAUCAUCUAAAAACGCAGCAUUUUACCACAACUGGCUGGUGACAAGAAAAUGGCGCAAGGAAGAGACACCCACCGAGUACGUGUACGCCAUGUUAGCUAUGGGAUGCAAAGGCGGGUUUAACGAGGAGACUACGACGAGUUACAUUGUGAACGGGCUAGGCGAGAUGUGGCGGGCUGCAAGGGUAGCAGCGAGUCGCGUAACAACGAUCGAAGGCCUACUCAAGGAAAUCGCCUGGGUGGAAAACAUUACCGCAGUGGCUGAGCAUAGCAGACACGUCGACCGAGUAGGGGAGAGGAGGUGCUUUACCUGUGGAUCGGCGGAGCAUGCGGCGCGAGCGUGCAACAAGGGUCGAGAACCAGGCAUCGGUGAAUGGAGUGGCGCCGCCGGGAGCAGCCGCGGGGCGCCUAGAUCGAAGUUGCGUUGUUUCACCUGUGACGGUAUGGGACACAUCUCGACGGAUUGUCCCCGACGUAGAACCGCAGCACGGGGAGAAAUGCGACGAACGGUGGAGCCGGCGAGCGGGGGACGCGGAAUACUAAAUGUGAAUACGUUAGAUGAUGAAGGAGAGGGCAGAUGUCAAGCAGAGAGCUCGCUGGAACGCCACGGUUUGUGAAAGGAACCCUUCAUGGAUUUGGGGGAGCGAAAGUGGAGGUGAACACGAAGAGAGAAACACGAAUACAACUAGAUGACAUAGAA